AUGAGGAAAGAAACACCAACGGAAGUCUCCCAUCGAAACUGCGCCCAUGGCAUCUCGUCUGCCAAGGCCUCUUCGCUUCUUCAAGUGGAACGUGAGAUGACGGGGAGCACUAGUGAUAACUCACAUCAAAGUGGUAGUGGUACCCACCGCUAUGGAGGCAGCGGUAAUAGUAGUAGCGGCAGUAGUGAUCGUAGUAGUCUCGAGGAUUCAGAUGUCAAUGUAGUGGCUGCAGCUCGCGACGGAGGCAGGUCAUUAUUUUCUAGAAUCAAUGCUUGCAUUAUGUCGUUGUUUGCCAUAAUUCGUUACUUCUUUAUGCUCCUAUUUUUUGGAAAUACUACCGCCAGGGUCACACAGGACCGUGACUCCCAUGCCGCGUUUAAAAAAGAUGACGAUUUCCCACACGAGGGCCGGAAGGGCAAUGAGCAAUGCGGUUGGACAACACCCAAAGGUUUUAAAUUAUCCACACCACGAUUUCGAUUUGACUCUGCGACCGCUGCAGAAAGUGAAAGCAAUUAUUCUGUGUCCUCUACUCGAACCAGUGAUGCAGCGCAGCGUCGAUUUCAGGCCAAUUGGAUCAUUCGUCAAUCGUUAAAAACGGAGAGGAUUGAAGGUAUGCAGAGGACUCUCCGUGUACAUGCCUGUACUUGGAACGUGGACCGGCAACCGCCACCCACCAGGAACAAUGGGUUUUAUGAGUGGCUGUUAGGGAGGCAAUUGAUGGAAAAACUAACUGCGUAUCAUGCUUCAGGUGACGACGAUAAUACCAAGCCUCGUUUUCCGAUUGCCGAGUUUCCUGAUGUUGUGAUUGUCACUCUACAAGAAGUAGAAAUGGGUGGAAUUGUUCUCGUACGGGAAUACACCGAAACGGGAGUCAUGUGGGUCGAGGCCAUCGUAGAUGCCUUAAAUAAAAUUAGUGAGCAUCGAGUAUGGUACAGGAGGGUGAAGUUGUUGCAGCUUGUGGGACUUGUGCUAAUUGUUGCGGUGCGCUGUAAGCAUAUUAAUUACGUCUCAAAUGUUCGUGCCUCGCUCACAAGAACAGGUGCAAUGAAAGGUGUGUGGGGAAACAAGGGAUCUCUCGGUAUUCGGGCCACAAUAUACGGUAAAAGGUUUCUUUUCAUUGCCGCACAUUUCGUAGCACACAAACAUAAUGAGCGUGCCCGUACCCUUAAUUAUCAUGCCUCGCUGAAGGAGCUAUGCUUUCAGUUGCCAGCAGAUGUGGAUGAUGAAAUGGAUGUGUUCCAGACUUUUAGCGCUGCAAGCGAUUUUAGUAUGGGGCAAGAUUCUGUUGAGAGCCGUUCCAGGUUGUCUCCUCUCCUUCGAAAGCUUCGUCUCUCCUCAUCCACAUUGUUGGAGAGAGAAGUGCUGGAUAAGUAUGACUAUGUAUUAUUUCUUGGUGACUUAAAUUCCCGUCUGCAUGGUGUCAAAGGCAACGACAUUCGUCGCCUUGUCCGGAAAGGCGAGUUCGAUCGACUUAUCUGUUACGACGAGAUACGGCAGGGAAUGAUCAGUGGCGAUACCUUUGAUGGCUUUCAAGAGGCCCUCAUAGCGUUUCCUCCUACGUACAAAUUUGACCACGAGACUGAUUUGUAUGACACAAGUAGAAAGAAGCGUGAUCCUGCAUGGUGUGAUCGCAUUCUCUUCCGCGUCUGCCUUCCCUGUGAGGAAUCUGACGACAUCUACGACAGUGAUACUGAGGAUGAUAAUGGUGAUAGUGAUCAAUGGGCUGCCGUUAAGACACAAACCAGAAGAUCGAUUGACCCCUUGCACAGGUCUUUUUCACAUGACGGCCCAAGAUUAACGCGCUCCUUGUCUGAGUUUACGCUUUCCAAAGUUGGCGUGCAUGAACCGCUUCUCACACAAUCUGAUGAUGUCACUUUACUCCAAUUAUCUCCCUAUUCUCUGAGCAGCAAAAGUACGGUGUCGUUGCUUGGAAAAUCAGAUUCCGCGCUGUCAAAUGUGAAUGUGCGGAACUGUUACCCAGAGGUUACGUCAAAGCUGAAGACGCAAGCUCUGACGACCUCCUCUCCGACGCAAACUGGAAUUUUUUGCGGUGAGACACAUUCUUUGGCAACGUUUCUUUCUGCACGGCGAUCGACAUGCAUAGACAAAAGUUUUAUGGUUUUCCCAAUGAUUCCGAAUAGUAUGCAUGUUAUCGACUAUCAUCAUAUUCAGGCACUGCGACAAUCCGAUCAUCGGCCCGUUUGUGCACAAUUCGAUGUGUCUGUCCUCUCACUUCGGAAGGAUUUGGUGGAUAAUGUGCUGAAAAAAGUGCAGGAAACGCUUACCAUGGAGGAGCCAAACCUCUUUCAGGAUUCAUGA